AUAUAUAUAUGAGGAGGUGAGAGUCAAAACUCACAUGUUCCAAAAAAUGCGAAAUUGAGAUGGCACUGUCAUCUUGUUCUUCUUCUUGAGCUAAACAUUGCUAUGCUAUUGGUUUACAACAAAACCAGCUUGUUCUUAUUCAAAUUUAAUGACAAAAAGUGAGGUUAGUAGCAAAACUCACAUGAUCCAAAGGAACAUGUAAGUUUUGAUGCAUAACGGCUACUAGCAGGUCAUGUGAUCACUUUCGACCAAUCGUGCGCCAGCUAUCUGCUCUUUGUCCGUCUGUCGUCUGCUUUGAGUGGGAUACAAAGCUGAUAGUUUGUGAUUGUUAGCAGUAGUUAUUGAUAGAAUUCUUCUAAUUUCUACUCCAUUCUACCAAUUAUUAGUUCAGUAAUGGAAGAGUUUGUAGUUCCAAUCAAAGAUGGUGAAAAACCAACAAAGAAAACUCCUGACAAAAGUACAUGGAAACGCACGAAAGAAAAGAUUGCCAGACACAAGCCAUCACAGAUGCCAGAAUUCCCCAAAUGCAACCACUUUACUGGGGCAUUCCAGUGCCGCACAUUAACAAUGAGAGACGUACAAAAAUUCCAUGGUUUAUUCUACAAACGCCCGGAACGCCAACACCAAAAUAAUUUUAUUCUUCGAAAUGUGGAAAUAAAGAACGUUCAGAGGAGGAGAUCAAGAGAACACAAAACUAAAGAAAAAUCACAACUACUGAGGACUACAAAAUAUUUCGUCAAAACUACAGCAGGAGAUAAAGUGCCAGUCUGUAUGAACAGUUUUUUAUCAAUUCUAGGCGUAUCCCGAUUUCGUGUCAAUAAUAUCACAAAUGAGUUGAAAAAAAAUGGUGAAGUAGUUGAAAGAAGAGGAGGGUUUCGCAAGAAAGAGAAGUACUCAACACAAAAAAUCAGUAUUAUGAAUUUUAUCAACACAUUGAAAUGUGUUGAAUCUCACUAUUGUAGGGAGAGAAGCUGCCGAAAGUAUCUUCCCAGUGAUCUUAAUGUAAAAAAACUAUGGAGAAUUUACUCAUCAAAAAAUAAAAACUUGGCAGUAAAACUAUCCUUUUUCCGAAAGAUUUUCAACACACAAUACAAUAUUGGUUUUGGCACGCCAAGAACCGAUGUAUGCUCUACGUGUUUAAGCCUCAGAGAGAAAAUCAAAUGUGAAAUGGAUGCUGUGAAGAAAAAUGAGCUCUUAACAGAAAAACGGGUACAUCGUCUGCGCUACAAAGCAUUUUACAAAAAACUUCAAGAAAAAGACAAUGACAUCUUAAUAUUGUCAUUUGAUUGCCAAAAAAAUUUGGCACUUCCUAAGAUACCCGAUCAAUCAACAUACUACAGCCGCCAGUUCUAUUUUCAGAAUUUUACAGUUGUGAAGGGACACAGCAGAGGGCCAUUGAACCCUUCAACAGUAACGUCCUACUGUUGGACUGAGAAUGAGUAUUCAAAGGACUCCAACCUUAUUUCAUCAUGUGUCUUUGACUGUCUGCGAAGUACUGAUUUGACCUUAUAUAAAAAAGUGAGACUGAUCUCUGAUGGUUGUGGGGGUCAAAAUAAAAACUCUAUCCUUGUAGCCAUGUGUCACUCAUGGCUCUGGUGUUUUGCACCCAACAACAUAGAAGAAGUUGAAUUGGUUUUUCCGGUAACAGGCCAUAGCUUUUUACCCCCAGAUAGAGUUUUUGGAAACAUUGAACGUAGAAUGAAAAAGAUUGAAGAGAUCAUCAAGCCUGAGGAUGUCGUGAAAAUAAUAUCCGAAUAUGCAAUGGUGAAGAGAGUUGGUAUUGACUGUGAGGUGGGGGACUUUCGUAAAUUGGCACGGUCACAAUUUAAAAACCUAACGAGCUGGAACUUCCAAAUUUCUCAAUCCAAAAGAAUAAUUUUCAAAAAGGCAAAACGCACUCCCAACAUUCUCACAAGGGGAGAAAGUACUUACCGGACAGAUUUGGGGAAGAGCCAGGUCCUUACAAAGAAAGGAGUGUUAAUGAAUGGAUUGAACCCUGACAUAAUCGAGAAGAAGAACUUGGUGUCACUAGAAAAAAAGAAGGAUGUUGAAAAACUCCUUACAAAUCAUUUUGGAGCGAAUUGGAGAGAGAAUCAACAACUUGAGUUUUACCGCAGCAUUAUUGAUAACACCUCUGCUGAACCUGUUCCUGAAGAAGAAGUUUGUGAAUUUGUGGAUGGGUGUUCUAAUUUGAUAAUCUGAAUUAAAUACUGGAGAAAAUUACUAAACCAAAAUGAUUUUAUCAAAAUGACCAAUCAAUUUUAAUCAAAAUAAUUUUUCAUGAUGAUUGUCAUCAUAAACACUAUUUCUAUUAUUGUGAAUCCUUUUAUCUAGCAUUUUUCCACUUUUAUAUUAAACUUCAUAAUAAACAAGCUCAAAUUUUUAUUGUCUAGGUUUAUUAUUGUUAUUCUAAACCCAAAAAAUUUCCUCUGAGAUGUUUUGGCAGUGUAUAAAAAUAUAUAAAUUCUUCUGAACUUGCAAUAA